CUCAGUGAUAACCGUCCAGCCUCCUAGAAGCCUGUGCCUGCCCCGCUGGUGCUGCAAGCGACCUGGCCAGGAGGUGAUGGCGGUCCCCUCAGCCCUGCCCCGCCCUGCCGCCCGGCGCGCCUGGGCCGACUGCGCCCCCCACCAGCUUCGGGGUCCCAUGCUGCUGUGGGCAACUCUGUUGUUCCUGGCUCCUGCUGCCGGCGCGCCUGGGCUCCCGAAGGCCACGCUGAGCCUUGAGCCCCCGUGGGUCAACGUGCUCCAGGGGGACAACGUGACUCUGACCUGCAAGGGAGCCCCCGGCCCUGGGAGCCCCUCCACCCGCUGGUUCCACAACGGCGACUCCCUGGAGACUCAGGCCCAGUCCAGCUACAGCCUCACGGCCAGCACCAGUGACAGCGGGAACUACACGUGCCACACGGCCCAGACCAGCCUCAGCGACCCCGUGCAUCUGGACGUGAUCUCGGACUGGCUGCUGCUCCAGACGUCCCGCCUGCGGUUCCAGGAGGGCGAGCCCAUCAUGCUGAGGUGCCACAGCUGGAAGGACAAGCCUCUGUACAAGGUCACAUUCUUCCAGGACGAAAAACCCAGGAAGUUUUCCACCUUGAACUUCACCUUCUCCAUCCCACAAGCAAACAGCAGCCACAGCGGCGAGUACCACUGCACGGGGUUCAUAGGGCAGAUGCAGCACUCGUCACCACGCGUGAGCAUCGCUGUCCAAGGGUCCGGCUCCAGCAGCACCUUGCUGGUGACGGCAGUCGUGGCUGUGGUCGCUGGCAUUGCUGCCACAGUCGUGGUCAUCGCCGCGGUGGCCUGGUUCCGUCUCAGGCGCAAGCAGACUUCAGGAACCCCUGAGCACAGGGCAAUGGGAGACACCCUACCUGAGGAACCAGCCACCAUCACGGAUGCUGAAGGGGAGGCAAAAGUGAAGGACGAGAAUAGCAUCACCUACUCCCUCCUCCUGCACCCGGAGGCCCUGGAGGAGGAGCCGGAGCCGUCGGACUACCAGAACAUUAGCUGAAGGUCUCGCCUGGGACGCGGGAGGAGGGCCAGGGGCCGGAUCCAUGCCUUCCGGCCUGAACCCUCGGAGUUACCUGCGUGAGUCCCGAAAGCCACAGGCCACGUGCUCCCAGAUGACGGGCCGUACCGACCUGCGCCUCAGCACUUGUCACUGUCACGAUCCCUCUGUCACAUAAAACUUACUUUUAUUAAGAGAUUGAAGCAACUCUGGAAAUGCUUGCGUUAUAGGUCGCAUGAGACAAGUUAGAUAAAUGCGCACGAUUGGGACUGUUGGAAUGGACGCCCACGCCGACACAUGACGGGCGGUUUUGGGGAAGCGGAAUCCGCCUCUUCCUUUUCCUUUUUUGGCUACAGGUCAAACAGGGCCAAAGAGCC